UUAUUCCGUGAGGAACCGACAUGCCACGAAUAAAGAAAAACAAUUGUCAUCUUUCCUGUUUAUUUAUCAAUAAUAUUUUAUUGAAUAAUGGCUUCUUAUUUUGAUGAACACGACUGCGAACCUCUGAAUGACGGGGAACAGCCAAACCACUUGUUGCAUAUGGCCAGACUGCUAUUGGACAGUGGACUGGCUGCAGAGUGGGAUAUUGAGUAUGGAAGAGUGUUUGGUAGAGAUAAUGUACCACCAGCAUCAAAGAAGGUUGUUGAAAAUCUCCCCACAAGUGUGAUAUCAAAUUCAGAAGCAGCCUUAGAAAGGAAGUGUCCAGUAUGCAUAGCCAAUUUCGACCUGGAUGAAGAAGUAAAACAGUUGCCAUGUCAACACAAAUUCCACACUGACUGUAUACUUCCAUGGCUUGCAAAGGUGAACUCGUGCCCUCUAUGCAGAUAUGAGCUCCCCACAGAUGAUGAGGAUUACGAAAACUUCAAGAAACACAAAGCAAGAGCAAAGCAACGUGAAUAUGAACUGGAGAAUCUACACAACUCAAUGUUUGGAUAACGCACCCACUGGUCCAUUUACAGAGUUUUACUACUAAAUUUUAGGCCUACAUUUCCACAAUAAAUUUAUAUCGUUUAUUCUUUUGUUUAUGUAAGUCUCUUCAUUUCAAUUGUUAGCGUCUUUUUAUGAUGUUAAGUUUAUAUUUAUAUGUUUUAUUCACCUAUUUGCUGCAGUUUCUAAUAGUGGAUGCCGCAUUGAUCUUUAUGAUGUUGAUAACUAGGAAAUUCACGGGCGUUUAUUUGUAUCCAUAUCAAAUCAUUUACAUGUCUAUAUGUUUUAAAGAAAAUAAAUAAUCAUAUGAUA